CGAGCGUACCGCGGGGUUAGGUGGUGUCCGCGGUUGUGCCAGUGGUUUCGCGUACGUGAGUUUGUUGUGUACGUCUGCAAGUCUUCAUUUUGUGCUUGAAUAGAUGCAACGGAUCAUUUUUGAAAGUUUCAAAAGCUUGUACGGUAUCUAAGAGACCAUGGCUGCGGAGCGAGUAGGGCGAAGGAAUCAAGACCUGGAAGACCUAUCCAACGUCGAAUUCGAAACCAGUGAAGAUGUGGAAGUUGUACCUACGUUUGAUAAUAUGAACCUCCGUGAGGAUCUUCUCCGUGGGAUCUACGCAUAUGGCUUCGAACGGCCCUCGGCGAUCCAGCAGCGCGCCAUCCGCCCCAUCCAGAAGGGCCGCGACGUGAUCGCGCAGGCGCAGUCGGGCACCGGCAAGACGGCCACCUUCUCCAUCUCGGUGCUGCAGAGCCUGGACACCACGCUGCGGGAGACGCAGGUGCUCAUCAUGUCGCCCACCCGUGAGCUGGCCGUCCAGAUCCAGAAGGUGAUCCUGGCGCUGGGCGACUACAUGAACGUGCAGUGCCACGCCUGCAUCGGCGGCACCAGCCUGGGCGAGGACAUCCGCAAGCUCGACUACGGCCAGCACAUCGUCUCGGGCACGCCCGGCCGCGUGUUCGAUAUGAUUCGUCGCCGGACGCUACGCACCCGCGCCAUCAAGAUGCUCGUGCUGGACGAGUCGGACGAGAUGCUGAACAAGGGCUUCAAGGAGCAGAUCUACGACGUGUACCGUUACCUGCCUCCGGCCACCCAGGUGGUGCUGCUGUCGGCCACGCUGCCGCAUGAGAUCCUGGAGAUGACCAGCAAGUUCAUGACGGACCCCAUCCGGAUCCUGGUGAAGCGUGACGAGUUGACGCUGGAGGGCAUCAAGCAGUUCUUCGUGGCCGUCGAGCGCGAGGAGUGGAAGUUCGACACCCUCUGCGACCUGUACGACACACUGACCAUCACCCAGGCCGUCAUCUUCUGCAACACGAAGCGGAAGGUGGACUGGCUGACGGAGAAGAUGCGGGAGGCCAACUUCACCGUCACCUCCAUGCACGGCGACAUGCCGCAGAAGGAGCGCGAGGCCAUCAUGAAGGAGUUCCGGGCAGGUCACAGCCGAGUGCUGAUCACCACGGACGUCUGGGCGCGCGGCAUCGACGUGCAGCAGGUGUCGCUCGUCAUCAACUACGACCUGCCCAACAACCGCGAGCUUUACAUCCACCGGAUCGGCCGCUCGGGACGCUUCGGCCGCAAGGGUGUGGCCAUCAACUUCGUCAAGGCGGACGACAUUCGCAUCCUGCGCGACAUCGAGCAGUAUUACUCGACGCAGAUCGACGAGAUGCCCAUGAACGUGGCCGACUUGAUCUAGAGGUCGGCGGGGACCCUGCGUCGCCGCCAGCAGCGCGCCGGACCGAGAGUCAAGGCUUGCAGCGCGCGCGUGUCGCGGCGGCGUUCGACGCGCUGAGUGCGGGGAUGCGAACCGGGUGCUCUGUAUGCUGAACUGUUUGAUCACGCGUAACUUAUGUACAUAAUACAUCUUUUGGUCCUGUCGCGCGGCAGCAUUGGUUUCCGGCGGUGUUCUCUGGUGAGGUGUGUCGUUCCUCGCAGGCAGACUGCUCGACCUUGGACCUGGCGUGAGUGCACGUCCACUGGUAUUCGUGUUUUUUUUUUGGGGGGGGGUGCAACUGGUCUUCCGAUGUGCAGGGGUCCCUCAGGCACUGGCCAAGCUUCUCAUCCGCCAGUUGCUUCAGUCUGGUGGAGCUGAUCCCCGAACUCAGUCUGAUUUAUCGGCCGGCGACUUCCGAAAUGUAUCCCACAAAGCAUGCAUAUUGUUGAGAUGUAUGUUGCAUGAGCACAUAAACAUGUGUGAAAAAGCAA